GGAUCGCUUUCCGCCAGGCGGCAGUACCGCUGCGGCAUUGUUGACGAAAGUGACAUUUUUAUGUGCCCAUAUUUAUUUGGACAAUUAAGUGACACAAGUACUAAUUUCUUUCCAACCAAUGUGCAAUUUCCGAUAUUAAAUAACAUCCGUGUGCAAUAACAAAGAUGCCAGAAACGACAGAGGAGGACAUGGGAAUGUCCGUUCGUUUAACGAACGAUGACUUCCGGAAGCUGUUGAUGACACCAAGGGCAUCUGUCCCAUCUGCGACUCCUGCUUCAGUACCAGGAACUGCUAGAGAUGCCAGCGCGAAGACUGCACAGACCCCAAAUGUUAGUGGCGGUAGUCGUGCAGAAUUGCGAAGGAAGAAGAAGAGUUUCUACGCCAAGCUGAAAAAACAAGAAGAGGAUAAGAUGGCCGAGCUGGCGGAGAAGUACAGAGACAGAGCCAGAGAGCGCAGGGAUGGCACGAAUCAAGAUUAUCAGGCAGAGGAUCCAAUGAACAGCGCUAGCGCAUAUCGCGCAGUUGCGCCGGAUUUGAAGUCAGGAAUGGACGCGGCUGAGCGCAGGAGGCAGAUGAUUCAACAAUCAAAAUUCUUGGGAGGUGAUAUGGAGCACACUCACUUGGUGAAAGGCUUGGACUACGCUCUUCUCCAAAAAGUACGUAGUGAAAUAGAAGCAAAGGAGCACGAACAGGAGCAAGAAAUGGAAAAGUUAGUGAAGCCAAAGGAAAAGAAGGACAAGAAAGAAGGAGAGAAGAAGGAUGACGAAAUGCAGUUCAAAACCAAGAUAGGACGCAACGUUUAUAGAACAGUUAUGACCAUGAAGUCCAAGCAGAUUGAAAGAAAUGAAUUAUUCACUCCUGGCCGUAUGGCUUACGUGAUAGAAUUAGACGACGAGAAUACGGAUGUAGACAUACCAACAACUCUGAUUAGAAGCAAGGCGGACGUGCCUACUAUUGACAAUACUCCUACUUUGACGACGAACGACAUCGUAAUAAAUAAACUGGCACAGAUUUUGUCCUAUCUUCGUCAGGGCAGCCGUCAUGGCAAAAAAGGAAAGAAGAACAAAGACGGAAGAUCUAGGCCUGAUGACAUGAACGACAUGGAUAUUGCUCCGAGGCCACAGGACGAAAGUAUCUACGGAGACAUCGGUGACUAUGUUCCGACGAUUGACAAGAAAGAUUCGAAUCAGCCAAGAGAGAAAAAGAAAGGUUCUUACUUUGACAAGCCUGAGACUGGCUUGGACGCGGAUGAUAAAGCGAACACACCACAGUUACCAAACGUUGCACCUUCCAAUUCUGAUAUUAACGCACCGAAGAAGGGUGCUCUCCUUAACAAAUUAGCUGCCGAGCCAGAAGGCUAUGCGGAGUGUUAUCCAGGGCUGGACGAGAUGCAAGACGCCAUAGACGAUUCGGACGACGAAGUAGACUAUACCAAAAUGGAUCUUGGUAACAAAAAAGGCCCAAUCGGCAGAUGGGACUUUGAUACACCUGAAGAGUACAGCGAAUACAUGAACAACAAAGAAGCUUUGCCAAAAGCAGCGUUCCAGUAUGGUGUAAAAAUGGCUGAUGGAAGAAGAACGAGGAAGUAUAACAAAGAAAAGAACGAGAAAGCUGAAUUGGACAGAGAAUGGCAGAAAAUCCAGAAUAUUAUGAACAAAAGAAAGCCCACAACAGUGUUGGACGGUGCGUCGGAAUUCAAAGUACCUAGAUAUUGAAGCGACUAGUGUCGAUUUUUGAGUUAAUUUCAAUUCACGUAAUAUCAUGUGUAGUAUAUACGCUAUAUAUGUAUGUGUAGUAUCGAAUGUUACAUAAUUUGUCUAUGGCUAUCACUUGUACAAAAUCAGAGGCAUAAUAAAAGACUGUAUAAUAUUUUUAAAA